UUUCUGUUAACUGGUGACAGCAAGGAGUAUUAUUUGCCGCCCCAAUAUCUCUUCGAUUCCGAUUCCACUGUUUGCAAGCAAAGCAAAGCAAAGCAAAAGUAAAUUCCUUUUGGAAAGAAAAAAAAACUAGAAAAUGCAGGACUCUUCCAGACCGGUAACUGGUUACCCGGUUCAUAACGUUAACGGCUGCGGUCCGCCACCCCCCGCCACAUCCACUACCGCCUACCCUUACGUUAACCCCAGCCCAUACCCUUACUACCCAGCGCCCCCACCUCAAAAUCCUCGCCCCACCUUCUUCCGCCGCCUCUUCGUCGCCUUCGCCUUACUCUUAAUCAUCUUCGGCACCAUCCUUCUCAUCUUCUGGCUCGUCCUCCGCCCUCACCUCCCCGAUUUCUCCAUCCAAUCCAUCUCCCUUUCCAACUUCAACGCUUCCAACCAGCGCGUGAACGGCACAUGGAAUGCCCAGUUCCAGGUCUCCAACCCCAACAAGAAGCUCUCCAUCUACUACGGAGACAUCGUUUCGUCGGUUUUCCACAAGGACGACUUCUUGACUGAGACGAGGAUCGGGCCGUUCGUGCAGGGCACGCGCGAGGAGAACUCGGUGAAGGCAAGUUAUUCGGUGGUGGAUUCUUUCGUGGAAGGAAAGGUUGUCGACGCGAUGAAUGGGGAGAGGAGCCGUGGCGAGAUCAAGUUCAAUAUAAAGGUGGUCGCCGACGUUGCGUUUCGAUACGGGGGGUGGAGAGGACGGCGUAGGAUACUUAGGGUUUGGUGUUACGACGUGGCGCUUACUGGUUCCUCCGGAAAGAUGACCGGCGGUUCCAAAAAAUGCAGUGUUGAUUGAUUUACUGAGCAGAUGAAUGGCAUUCAUGGUUAAAAGGGGAAGAAUAGAGAAGAAAAGAGGCAAGGAAAGAAUGAAUAGGCUACAAAUGGGAGGAAUUGUUGAGUAGUUUUCGAGGGAUGUUAACCUGCCCCCAACAAUCUCUAUUUAUCUUUCAUCCUGUGUUAAAUAUGAAUGUAAAUUUGAUGGUUCUCUUUUAGGUGUUCUAUUUAUAUAUAAAUAUAAUUAUAGUUUCGGUUCGAGUCUAGAGUGAAUAAAUUGCUAAUUUUCGAUUUAUUAAUAAACCUAGUUCUCAAAAAUAUAGAGGUUUAUUAAAUUAA